GCAAGUAGGUCAAGGUCGUUGCUGACGUGAGGGAAGUGGAAAACUGAUCUAGAUUACUAAGGAAUUCUUGUUUCGCGAAGAAAGAAGUAGAAAACUCUAAAGAACAUCCAACAUUGUGAAAAAAAAGUUCAAGGAAUAAUAUUUUUCUGUAUUUCAACGAGAAAUCCAUUGACUGUUGUUGUAGAAAAUAUUUUUCAUGAUGGAAAUUUCCGAUAGCGGUGGAGAAGUUAGAAUGUAUGACGACCCUAAGAAAAUUGUCCCUCCUCAGAAUCUGGAUGAAUUAAUUAAAGAACUACAUAAAGUGUUUGCCAGUGACAAUGUUAAUGUGGAUUACGUGACUGAAUUGAUGGCAUCGUACAAGAGUAAUCCAAAAGACUGGAAGAAAUUUGCAAUUUUUGAUUUGCAUAGGUACACAAGGAAUUUGGUGGAUUCAGGAAAUGGAAAAUUUAACCUGAUGGUUCUCUGUUGGAACACUUCCCAGGGUUCCUCUAUCCACGAUCACGCCAACGCUCACUGUUUUAUGAAGGUAUUGGACGGGAAUGCUCAGGAGGAGCUAUUUGAUUGGCCGUCGGAGAGCGAGGAUAUGGUCAGCAUGUCAUCGAAAGGGAAAAAUCUGUAUAAAAGGGACGAGGUGGCAUACAUCAGUGAUGACAUAGGGCUCCAUCGCGUAGAAAACCCGAGCCACUCUGACACGGCGGUCACGCUUCACUUAUAUUCUCCACCCUUCAGCGAGUGUCAGAGUUUUGACGAGAGGACGGGGAACGCCAACAAAGUACAGGUCACCUUCUGGAGUCAGUACGGAAAAAGGACGCCAUGUGCUAAAUUACCAAGUUCCUGUGUGCCUGAGAACAAUUAAACCUCCUCGCAUUGAAGAACUCCAAAGGGGGAACAAUCCAUGUUCUGCUCCAAAAUAAUGUUGUGUGGUUUAUUUAGAGCCAUAUUGUUUUCCUUUGUAAAAGGAAUUGCGGUUUAAUUAGCCCAGAAAUUAUUGCAUUUAUUCAAGGUUUGAUAAAAUUGCAUAA